AUGGCUGAUCUUCGCUCUCCCUCGGAACCGCGCGUCUUCCCUUCUUCAGGGUGGGAUGCGAUCGAUCCUUCUUUAAAAUUUGAAGAGGAGUCAAUUCCAAACUACAAACCCAAAGCAUUUUACCCUGUGCAUAUCGGUGAGGUUUUCAAUCACCUAUACCAAGUGGUGGGCAAGUUAGGCCAUGGAUCUAGCGCGACAGUGUGGCUCUGCCGUGACUUACUGUAA